UAGGUGGCGGUGUGCACCUAUGAAGUGGUUUCGCAACCCGCCAUAAAACUUAAAGAAGAAGAAGCUGAAACAGCAGCACUGAUGAACGCAAAACAGUGAGGAGGAAAAUAACUUUAUACACACGUGCAUCGAUAACGAUGGAAGUAAAAGAGGAACCUCAGGAACUUGUAGUGGAUGAGGUACAACAAGAACCUUGUGAUGUCAUCACUGAAGAAAAAUCUUCUGGAUGUUUACAAACAAUAACUAAGGAAAGAGGAAUCAAUCGUUCUUUCAUUUCCCAUCAGUGUGGAGAGAGGUCAACAAAUAAAGGACAUCAUAGCAAUAAAAUUAAAGAGAGAUGUCACACGUGCCAGCACUGUGGGAAAAGUUUUACACGUACAAGUGAUCUUAAUAGACAUUUGAGGAUUCACACUGGAGAGAGGCCGUUUAAAUGCACUCAGUGUGGAAUGAGUUUUACAGAUUCAAGUCACUUUAAGGGACAUUUGAGAACUCACACUGAAGAAAAGCCCUUCAUCUGUCUUCUGUGUGGAAAGAGUUACAGACAGAAAGGAACUCUUAAGAUGCAUGAACUUAUUCACACUGGAGAGAAACCGUACACCUGUCCUCAAUGUGAAAAGAGUUUUACAAAGAGAAGACUUCUUAAGUAUCACAUAACAUUACACACUGGAGUGAAGCCUUACACCUGUCCUCAGUGUGGGAAGAGUUUUACACAGAAAGCUCAUCUUAAGAGUCACAUAACAAUUCACACUGGUGACAGACCUUACACCUGUCCUCAAUGUGGAAAGGGAUUCAUACAAAAAGGAUUCCUGGAAGAUCACUUGAGAAUUCAUACAGGAGAGAAACCUUUCACCUGUACUUUGUGUGAAAAGAGUUUCACACAUGCUUCCAGUCUCAGAGUCCAUGAGCGCACUCAUAAUGUAAAAAAAUAAUUUAACUGUGACGACUGUGGAAAAACAUUUGUUUCUGCAUUGAUCCUAAAAAGACACCAGAAAAAUUCAUGCCAGUGAAAAGCUUUACACGUGUUCUGUUUAUGGAAAUAAAAUAUCAUGUUGCUGAAA